UUUUAGCCGGCCGCCAGCUGAUGGCGCAUCCACCCAUUCCCAGCCCCAAGAUCCGGAAUUGCAUUUUCUAUCUGCGUAGCCAAUUCAACUGGUGUCGUACAGAUGUAAUCCACGCCUAAAUUGCUGCAUAAAAUCACAAAAUGAAGCGCCUGACUGAGCGAGUGCAUCACGAGGAGCAGGAGUCCGAGGAGGUGGUCUGGGUCAAGAGGGAGGACACACGCUGCGCCGGCAAGCUUCCCAUCGUAUUCUCCAGGAACUAUGCGGUUCGCUUUGGUGGCCUUGAGCGCCUACAUCCCUUCGAUGCGGCCAAGGGCAAGCACAUUCACAAGCUCCUCUGCUCCGAGCUGCAGCUCGACGACGGCAGCUUCUACGAGCCCACGGAACUGACCAAAGACCAGCUGCGUCGGAUUCACACAAGGGAUUACCUUAAGUCCCUGCGCUGGAGCAUGAAUGUGGCCUGCAUCGCGGAAGUGCCGGUGAUGGUUGUCCCGAAUCGAUACAUUCAGCGGUCCUAUUUGCGUCCCAUGCGCUUCCAAGCAGCCGGUUCCAUUUUGGCCGGUAGGCUGGCGUUGGAUUAUGGUUGGGCCAUCAACCUGGGCGGUGGGUUCCAUCACUGCUGCUCGUACAGAGGCGGUGGUUUCUGUCCGUAUGCCGACAUCUCGCUGCUCAUCGUCAGGCUGUUCGAGCAGGAACCUUUCCGGGUGCGCCGCAUCAUGAUUGUGGACCUGGAUGCCCAUCAGGGCAACGGGCACGAGCGGGACUUCAACAACGUGGCAGCCGUCUACAUUCUGGAUAUGUACAAUGCCUUUGUGUAUCCGCGGGAUCAUGUGGCCAAGGAGAGUAUCCGGUGUGCGGUGGAGCUGCGCAACCACACUGAGGAUGCCUUCUACCUGCGACAACUCAAACGCUGCCUGAUGCAGUCCCUGGCCGAGUUCCGUCCAGAUGUGGUCAUCUACAAUGCGGGAACCGAUGUCCUCGAGGGGGAUCCAUUGGGCAAUCUGUCUAUUUCCGCGGAGGGCGUCAUGGAGCGGGAUCGCUUGGUGUUCAGCACAUUCCGCACUCUGGGAAUUCCGGUGGUAAUGCUGCUGAGUGGUGGCUACUUAAAGGCAUCCGCAGGGGUAAUUGCGGAUUCCAUUGUUAAUCUUCGGCUUCAGGGAUUGCUAAACUAGGAAAUGCAAAUUAUUUAAGACGAUAAUACCAAGGUAGUGCCACACAAGCUAGUAAGAACUUCGUAUACAAAUGACUGUCUAUUCUUACCAUUCUGAACGUAUUUCCACGAUUUUUAGAGUAUUGAAAAUAUCUUUACACUAGUACAAAUAGACUACUUUGGCAGAGUGUAUCCUACAUCUGAGCCGGAGGACUUGCGAAAACGAGAGCUGUGAAUGAAAGUGCAUAAUCUGAUUGCUUCAAAAUUACCUGGCUAGAU